CUAAAAGCCACUACAGACGCUCUGCUGUGUUUAAGUGAAGGGAAAGUCCAACGCCCAUCAAACUACUUACUCAAAGAACAGAUCCCAUUCACCCAUGAAUGCCUCUCUGAAUGACAGUGAAUAUGGCUAUGAUGACUAUGGCGAUGAAGUCUGUGACAAAGAUGAGGUGGUCAGAUUUGAAUCCAUUGCCAUCCCGCUCUUCUUCUCUUUGGUGAUCACCCUGAGCCUCAUAGGAAACGUUCUGGUCCUUGUGAUCCUGGCUUUAUAUGAAAACUUCAAGUCUCUCACCAACAUUUUCAUCCUCAACCUGGCAAUCUCGGACCUCAUAUUCACUGCCGGUCUCCCCUUCUGGGCAAUUUACCACGUGUGGGGCUGGGUACUCUCAGAUAUCCUCUGCAAAAUGGUGACCUUCGUUUUCUUCAUUGGGUUUUACAGCAGCAUCAUGUUUUUGACAGUCAUGACCAUACACAGAUACCUGGUUGUGGUUUAUCCGCUGUCUGAACACGGCAUGCAGAAAGUCAGCUACAGAGUCCUUGUGUCUGUAAUUGUGUGGCUGACCAGCAUCGGGGCAGCCAUGCCUUCCCUACUCUUCAGCACUAUCAUCGUGUUCCACCACAAAGACGGAGACUCCUUUGGCUGUGAAUAUGGGGUUCACUUGUGGAAAUACGUCAGCACAUACCAGCAGGUUAUUUUCUUCUUGGUUGCUUUUGGAAUCAUGGGCUUCUGCUAUGUCCAAAUACUUGUAAAAAUUGCAAAGACACGAUGCCACAUGAAGAGCAGGACAGUAAAGCGGAUUUUCUGCAUUGUGUCCGUGUUCUUCCUCGGCUGGAUACCUUACAGUGUGGUCAUCUUUCUGCAGACGCUGGCGGACCAAGCGGUACCCCCGCUGCACGAGUGUGAGGCGAGCACGCGCCUCGACUACGCCUUCUACGUGUGCCGACUCGUGGCUUUCUCCCACUGCAGCCUCAACCCCGUCUUCUACGCGUUUGUCGGUGUCAAGUUCAGAAACCACAUGAAAUCCAUCACGCUUCGACUGCUCCGUCGACAAAACCGAGCGGAGGAACAACACAUUAGGAUGCCAAAUGUCCAGUCGAACGGGACGAUGUCCUAA